AUGCGGCGCACAUGUUGCGCCACCACCAGUGCAGUGCUACGGUCGUUAGUUUACCUCCGUCCUCAUGGACGCGCAAAACCAACCACAUCAGGAAGUGGAAGGAAAGAAAGACAAUUUAGCACCACGACAGCGAGAUGCGAGUCCAAAGGGUGGCACCCCGCGAAGUUAGGAAUGGAUGGAUUCACCGACGUCGCUUACAACACCGCAGCUGACACUUUUCUUGAGCGAGUUGAGAGCGCUCUGGAGACAAUUGGCGACACGGACACGUUGGAGGAUGUGAACCUCGCCGGUGGAGUGCUUGUGAUCGAAACGACAUCGAGGGGGACAUUUGUACUUAAUAAACAGGCACCCAAUGUUCAGUUAUGGCUUUCUUCGCCGCUAUCGGGCCCGCAUCAUUACGACAUGACAACAUCUGCCACCGGCAGUGUGGAAUGGCGCGCAGAUGCUGACGGGCAUUCAUUGGAAGAGAGACUUGAAAAGGAACUCAGUGACGUGGUGGGAACUGAAGUGAGUUUGAGUUCAGGGGCUGGAGAAACCGAAUAG